AAUGAAUCAUUGAGAAGCAAUUCACAUUUUUAUUUUGCAGUAUUGGCCUGUGUUGAGCCUCUACAUCCAUUCUGUACAUCAAGAGUCUUCUUUCCUAAGCCACAGCCAUGGGUGACUCUGAGAUGGCAGCCUUUGGUCCAGCUGCUCCUUUCCUCCGCAAGUCAGAAAAGGAGAGAAUUGAGGCUCAAAAUAAGCCAUUUGAUGCCAAGACAUCAGUCUUUGUGGUGGAUCCAAAGGCCUCUUUUGUGAAAGGUGCUGUCCAAAGCAAGGAAGGAGGGAAGGUCACAGUCAAGAAAGAAGGUACUUCAGAGACUGUGACUGUAAAGGAUGACCAAAUUUUUCCUAUGAACCCUCCCAAAUACGACAAAAUUGAGGACAUGGCCAUGAUGACCCAUCUCCACGAACCGGCUGUCUUGUAUAACCUCAAAGAGCGUUAUGCAGCCUGGAUGAUCUAUACCUACUCAGGUCUCUUCUGUGUCACUGUCAAUCCCUACAAGUGGCUGCCAGUGUACAACCCGGAGGUGGUAGCCGCCUACAGGGGCAAAAAGCGUCAAGAGGCGCCUCCCCACAUCUUCUCCAUCUCUGACAAUGCCUAUCAGUUCAUGUUAACUGAUCGUGAGAAUCAGUCAAUCCUUAUCACUGGAGAAUCUGGUGCUGGAAAGACUGUGAACACGAAACGUGUCAUUCAGUACUUUGCAACAAUUGCAGCAGCUUCAGACAAGAAGAAAGAAGAACCACAACAAACAGGCAAGCUAAAGGGGACUCUUGAAGAUCAAAUCAUCAGUGCCAAUCCUUUGCUAGAAGCUUUUGGGAAUGCCAAAACUGUGCGGAAUGACAACUCCUCUCGCUUUGGCAAAUUCAUCAGAAUCCACUUUGGUACUACAGGCAAACUGGCUUCUGCUGAUAUUGAGACAUAUCUGCUGGAGAAGUCCAGAGUUACUUUCCAGCUAAAAGCUGAAAGAAGCUACCACAUCUUUUAUCAGAUCAUGUCCAACAAGAAGCCAGAACUCAUUGAGAUGCUUCUGAUCACUACCAACCCUUAUGACUAUCACUUUGUCAGUCAGGGUGAGAUCACUGUAGCCAGCAUCAAUGAUCAGGAAGAGUUGAUGGCAACAGAUGAAGCCAUUGAUAUCCUGGGCUUCAAUGCUGAGGAAAAGACAGCCAUUUACAAGCUAACAGGAGCUGUAAUGCACUAUGGGAACAUGAAAUUCAAGCAGAAGCAGCGCGAGGAGCAGGCUGAACCAGAUGGCACUGAAGUUGCUGAUAAGGCUGCUUACCUCAUGAACCUCAACUCAGCAGACCUGCUCAAAGCUCUGUGCUAUCCCCGAGUCAAAGUCGGUAAUGAAUAUGUCACCAAAGGCCAAACCGUCCAGCAGGUGUACAACAAUGUGGGUGCUCUGGGAAAGGCUGUCUAUGAGAAGAUGUUCUUGUGGAUGGUUGUUCGUAUUAAUCAGCAACUGGAUACCAAGCAACCCAGACAAUACUUCAUUGGUGUGCUGGAUAUUGCUGGCUUUGAGAUCUUUGAUUACAACAGCCUGGAGCAACUGUGCAUCAACUUCACCAAUGAGAAACUGCAACAGUUUUUCAACCACCACAUGUUUGUGCUAGAGCAAGAGGAAUACAAGAAAGAGGGAAUCGAAUGGGAAUUCAUUGACUUCGGAAUGGACUUGGCUGCCUGCAUUGAGCUCAUUGAGAAGCCAAUGGGCAUUUUCUCCAUCCUGGAAGAGGAGUGCAUGUUCCCCAAGGCAACUGACACUUCUUUCAAGAACAAACUCUAUGACCAGCAUCUUGGCAAGAGCAACAAUUUCCAGAAACCUAAGCCAGCGAAAGGCAAGGCUGAGGCCCACUUCUCCCUGGUGCACUAUGCUGGCACUGUGGAUUACAACAUCACUGGCUGGCUGGACAAGAACAAGGACCCCCUGAACGAAACUGUUGUGGGGCUCUACCAGAAAUCAUCCAUGAAGACCUUGGCCAUACUCUUUGCUGAUCGCCCUGCAGAUGCUGAAGGUGGUGGCAGUAAGAAAGGUGCCAAGAAGAAGGGUUCUUCCUUCCAGACGGUCUCUGCUCUUUUCAGGGAGAACUUAAACAAACUGAUGACUAACCUGAGAAGCACUCAUCCCCACUUCGUACGCUGCCUUAUUCCCAAUGAAACAAAAACACCUGGUGCCAUGGAUCAUGAGCUUGUACUGCACCAGCUGAGAUGUAAUGGUGUGUUAGAAGGCAUCCGCAUUUGCAGAAAAGGAUUCCCAAGCAGAAUAAUUUAUGCUGAUUUCAAACAGAGAUACAAGGUUCUAAAUGCAAGUGCCAUUCCAGAAGGCCAAUUCAUAGAUAGCAAGAAGGCUUCUGAGAAGCUUCUUGGAUCCAUUGAUGUUGACCACACCCAAUAUAAAUUUGGCCACACCAAGGUGUUCUUCAAAGCUGGCCUCUUGGGUCUUCUAGAAGAGAUGAGAGAUGACAAGUUGGCUCAGCUGAUAACACGCACACAAGCUAUGUGCCGUGGUUUCUUAUCACGGGUAGAGUACAAGAAAAUGUUGGAAAGGAGAGAGGCCGUCUUUACGAUUCAGUACAAUGUUCGUUCAUUCAUGAAUGUCAAGACCUGGCCAUGGAUGAAAUUGUUCUUCAAAAUCAAGCCUCUACUGAAGAGUGCUGAGUCAGAGAAGGAGAUGGCCACCAUGAAGGAAGAGUUUGAGAAAACGAAAGAAGAGCUUACCAAGUCUGAGGCUAAACGGAAGGAACUGGAAGAAAAAAUGGUGUCUCUGAUGCAAGAGAAAAAUGACUUGCAGCUUCAAGUCCAAGCUGAAUCUGAUGGCUUGGCAGAUGCUGAGGAGAGAUGUGACCAGCUGAUCAAAACAAAAAUCCAGCUGGAAGCCAAAAUUAAGGAACUGACGGAACGAGCAGAAGAUGAAGAGGAAAUGAAUGCUGAGUUGACAGCCAAGAAGAGGAAGCUGGAAGAUGAAUGCUCAGAGCUGAAGAAAGACAUCGAUGAUCUUGAGUUAACCCUGGCCAAGGUUGAAAAGGAAAAGCAUGCCACUGAGAACAAGGUUAAAAACCUUACUGAAGAGAUGGCAGUCUUAGAUGAAACCAUUGCCAAACUGAGCAAGGAAAAGAAGGCCCUCCAAGAGGCCCAUCAGCAGACCUUAGAUGACCUGCAGGCAGAAGAGGAUAAAGUGAAUACUCUGACCAAAGCAAAGACCAAGCUGGAGCAGCAAGUGGACGAUCUUGAAGGGUCACUGGAACAAGAAAAGAAGAUUCGUAUGGACCUUGAAAGAGCUAAGAGGAAACUUGAAGGAGACCUGAAACUAUCACAAGAAUCCUUAAUGGAUUUGGAGAAUGAUAAACAGCAGCUGGAUGAAAAGCUUAAGAAGAAAGACUUUGAAAUCAACCAGCUGCAAAGCAAAAUUGAAGAUGAGCAGGCAUUAGGCUCUCAGCUUCAGAAGAAGAUCAAGGAGCUACAGGCCCGUAUUGAGGAACUGGAAGAGGAGAUUGAGGCUGAACGUGCAUCUCGGGCUAAAGCAGAGAAGCAGCGGGCUGAUCUCUCCAGGGAACUUGAAGAGAUCAGUGAGCGCCUGGAAGAAGCUGGUGGAGCAACUUCAGUUCAGAUUGAGAUGAACAAGAAACGCGAGGCAGAAUUCCAGAAACUGCGCCGGGACCUUGAAGAGGCCACUCUGCAGCAUGAAGCCACUGCGGCUGCUCUCCGCAAGAAGCAUGCAGAUAGCUCAGCUGAACUUGGGGAACAAAUUGAUAGCCUCCAGCGUGUCAAACAGAAGCUGGAAAAGGAAAAGAGUGAGCUGAAGAUGGAGAUUGAUGACCUUGCCAGCAACAUGGAGUCUGUCUCUAAGGCUAAGGCCAACCUUGAGAAGAUGUGCCGCACCCUAGAAGAUCAGCUCAGUGAACUUAAAACAAAGGAAGAAGAACACCAACGCACCAUUAAUGACCUGAAUGCUCAAAGAGCUCGUCUACAGACAGAAGCAGGUGAACUCUCACGGCAGGUAGAUGAAAAAGAUGCUUUGAUUUCCCAGCUCUCAAGAGGAAAGCAAGCUUUUACCCAACAAAUUGAAGAAUUAAAAAGACAACUUGAGGAAGAGAUAAAGGCUAAGAAUGCACUGGCCCAUGGUCUGCAAUCUGCUCGCCAUGACUGUGACUUACUCCGGGAACAAUAUGAAGAAGAACAGGAAGCGAAGUCUGAGCUCCAGCGUGCCCUGUCCAAGGCCAACAGUGAAGUUGCUCAGUGGAGAACUAAAUAUGAAACUGAUGCUAUUCAGCGUACAGAGGAACUAGAAGAGGCCAAAAAAAAGCUUGCCCAGCGCCUGCAAGAUGCUGAAGAACAUGUGGAGGCUGUGAAUUCCAAAUGUGCUUCUCUUGAGAAGACAAAGCAGAGACUGCAGAAUGAAGUGGAGGACCUGAUGAUUGACGUGGAAAGGUCCAAUGCAGCCUGCGCAGCUCUAGAUAAGAAGCAGAGGAACUUUGAUAAGAUUCUGUCAGACUGGAAACAAAAAUAUGAAGAAACACAGUCUGAACUGGAAGCUUCUCAGAAGGAGUCUCGAUCACUGAGCACGGAGCUCUUCAAGAUGAAGAAUGCUUAUGAGGAGUCCUUGGAUCAGCUGGAAACAUUGAAGCGUGAGAACAAAAACUUGCAACAGGAGAUUUCUGACCUGACGGAACAAGUUGCUGAGGGAGGGAAGGCUAUCCAUGAAUUGGAGAAAGUGAAGAAACAGAUUGAGCAAGAGAAAACAGAUCUCCAAACUGCUUUAGAGGAAGCUGAGGCCUCACUGGAACAUGAAGAAGGCAAAAUCCUCCGGAUCCAACUGGAGCUCAACCAGGUGAAGUCUGAUAUUGACAGGAGAAUUGCAGAGAAGGACGAGGAAAUUGAUCAGCUGAAGAGGAAUCACCUGAGAGUGGUAGAGUCCAUGCAAAGCACACUGGAUGCGGAGAUCAGGAGCCGGAAUGAUGCCCUGCGUCUUAAGAAGAAGAUGGAGGGAGAUCUGAAUGAAAUGGAAAUCCAGCUGAGCCAUGCCAAUCGCCUGGCAGCUGAGUCACAAAAGAAUCUCAGAAACACCCAAGGGCUGCUCAAGGACACACAACUGCAUUUGGACGAUGCUUUGAGGAGCCAGGAAGACCUGAAGGAGCAGGUGGCCAUGGUUGAGCGCAGGGCUAACCUGAUGCAGGCUGAGAUUGAGGAGCUCCGGGCAGCUCUGGAACAGACAGAAAGGGGAAGGAAAGUGGCAGAACAGGAGCUCCUGGACGCCAGUGAGCGCGUGCAGCUCCUCCACACACAGAACACCAGUUUGAUCAACACGAAGAAGAAGCUGGAAACAGACAUUGCUCAAAUCCAGAGUGAAGUGGAAGAGACAAUUCAGGAAGCACGCAACGCAGAAGAGAAGGCUAAGAAGGCCAUCACUGAUGCAGCCAUGAUGGCGGAGGAGCUGAAGAAGGAGCAAGACACCAGUGCCCAUCUGGAGAGGAUGAAGAAGAACCUUGAGCAGACCGUGAAGGACCUGCAGCACCGUCUAGACGAGGCAGAGCAGCUGGCACUAAAAGGAGGAAAGAAACAGAUCCAAAAACUGGAGGCUAGAGUGCGUGAACUGGAAUCUGAAUUUGAGAAUGAACAGAAGCGCAGUGCUGAAGCUAUCAAAGGUGUACGAAAGUAUGAGAGGCGUGUCAAGGAACUGACCUAUCAGUCUGAGGAGGACCGGAAGAAUGUUCUGAGGCUUCAGGAUCUGGUGGAUAAACUUCAGCUCAAAGUGAAAGCAUACAAGAGACAAGCUGAGGAGGCUGAGGAACAAUCCAAUGUGAAUAUUUCUAAGUUCCGCAAGAUUCAGCAUGAGCUGGAAGAGGCUGAAGAGCGGGCUGACAUUGCAGAGUCCCAGGUGAACAAACUGCGGGUGAAGAGCCGAGAAGUACAUAAGAAAGUUGUUGUAAGCGAAGAAUAACCUCAACUAGAAGUUGCAGAGUGAUUGAAGAGAUGCGCAAAAUGUGAAGCUCUUUAUCACUCCUUGUAUUUAUUGUUAAUUUCCCCCCAGUCUUAGAAAAUAAAGAUGGUAGAGAACUUUGCAUACUAAAAAAUUGGUGUGGCUUUUCUUUUUAACUUUGUAGUUCUAGAAGCUUGAUAGAAUUAGUGCAUUUCUGGGAGAUAAUUUUAACUCUGCCCUAACUCAUCUGCAUGACAACACUGUCUUUUGUUACGUAAUAUGUAUCCA